UUAUAUCAAUCAAUCAAUUGAAAGUAGCAGCUGCCGUUUCUUGAAUUUUUUUGAGUCUCAGGUUAUUUUACAAAGUUUUUGUUUCAGUCGAAAAUCAGUUUUAUUUUUCGUGUGAAGUAGUGAAUAUUAGUUUCCUCUCAUUAGUUAAUUUGUAUGAUUUUCUAAAUAGAGUUUAACCAGGAAUUCAUUUUUCAUGCUAUAAUUUUUCCGUUUUAUUAAAUUUAUAUAAUAAUUAUUAAUAUCUUAUGGUUUUCAAGGAACUUAAAUAAAAGCUCUAGGAUCGUGUAUUCGAUUUGCAACAAACUUGAUGUAAUUCUUUCUUAUUUUGAAAAAAAAAUUUUUUUAUUCAGUAUGAUUGUUUUUGAAUGUCUUAAAGAUCUCACCUUACUGAUAUAAAAUCCCAUAAAACUGAUAAUAGUGGGUGGAUCUUCCAUCUUUUUUUUUAGCAUGAAAAAACAUGAAAAAGAUUUUGUGAGUCUAGAUAUAAAUGGGUAUGAGCUUCACACCACCAAAAAAAAACCUCCGAGCAAAUUUGGUAGCAUCAGUUCAGCAGUUUUAUAUGGCUUGUGUUCCUUCUCCAUGGCUUUUGCAAACAAAACUGUCAUCAGUGUUUACAAAUUUAAUUUUCCAUUUUUCAUCAUGGCAUGCCAAAUGAUUUUAACUAUCAUUUUUCUUGAAAGCUUGAAAAGUUUUAGAGUAACAAAUAUUCCAAAAUAUUCUCUAAAAUUAGGUUUGUCAUUUGCCUGGCCUGCUUUUUUUUAUGCCCUGCACUCAGUCACUGCUCUAUAUGCCCUGAGUGGAAUGUCUAUUCCAAUGUAUGCUGCUGUAAAAAGAUGUGCCCCAAUAAUAACACUUAUUUUAUCUGUGAUAAUAUUAAAGAAACACCUCCCAAGCUAUAGAAUUGUAACUUCUGUUUUUCUAAUAUCAGUUGGGUGUAUUUUAGCUGGUCUAGGAGAUUUACAAUUUGACUUGCAAGCAUAUGCCUAUGGUACUUUUAGUGUUCUUGUGCAAGCAUUAUAUUUGACAUUGUCACAGAAACAUCUGGAAAAUUCAACUGCCUUAAACAUUUUAUAUUUAAACAGCUAUAAUACAGUUCCUCUUUACAUAUUUUUGUGUUUGUUCUCAGAAAGUGUAGAAAUCCUUAAAUAUGGAAAGUUUACAGAUUAUGGAUUUUUAUUAUGCCUGGGCAUACAGACUUCCAUGGGAGUUCUACUUAAUUACUCAUUAUUUUUAUGCACUGCUAAAAACUCAGCUUUAACAACUAGCUUAGUUGGUGUAAUCAAAAGUAUUUUACAAACUGUUAUAGGGUUUUUUACAUUUGGUGGAGUGAAAUUUAAUCCUUUAAAUGUCUUUGGUAUUACCCUCAAUUUGUUUGGAGGCAUAUUAUAUUCAUAUUCAAAAUAUGUAGAGAAAACCUGAAACCAUUUGUUACUUAGUUUGAAGUUUAUAUUGUAAUAAAAUAUAGUUAUUUUA